GGCAGAUGGAGGAGGGACUGUAAUGGCGGCGGCCGGCAGCUCCCUGCUCUGAUCCGCGGCAGGCACCCGGCGGCGACCCACCCCCCGUCCCCGGCCCUCUCCCGGCCGGCCCCCGCCCUGCCGUCGGCGCGGGGCCACCGUCCCGGCCCUCCCCAGCAGCUGUCGGCGUCUGGCUCUGCGCCCCGGCCGGGGCCCCCCCACACACAAUGGACGAGCUGGCCGGAGGCGGCGGCGGUCAGGGGAUGGCGGCCCCUCCCCGGCCGCAGCAGGGACCCGGGGGCAACCUGAGCCUUCCGCCGGGAGCGAACGGAGCGCCGGGCGGAGGGGGUCCUACGGCCGCCGAGGCGGCGGGGCCCCCGGCAGGCCCCGAGCUGUCCCGGCCGCAGCAGUACACUAUCCCGGGGAUACUGCACUACAUCCAGCACGAGUGGGCUCGGUUCGAGAUGGAGCGGGCGCACUGGGAGGUGGAGCGGGCCGAACUGCAGGCGCGGAUCGCAUUUUUACAAGGAGAAAGGAAAGGCCAAGAGAAUUUAAAGAAGGAUUUAGUGAGGAGAAUAAAGAUGUUAGAGUAUGCAUUAAAACAAGAAAGGGCAAAGUAUCACAAAUUAAAAUAUGGCACAGAACUGAACCAAGGUGAUUUGAAAAUGCCAACCUUUGAAUCAGAGGAAACCAAAGAUGCGGAGGCUCCUCCAGCACCCCAGAAUAGCCAGCUAACGUGGAAGCAAGGCAGACAGCUGUUAAGACAGUAUCUUCAGGAAGUAGGAUACACAGAUACAAUAUUAGAUGUACGAUCUCAGCGGGUAAGGUCAUUACUUGGACUGUCUAAUUCAGAACCAAAUGGAUCCGUAGAAGCAAAGAAUUUAGAACAGAUCCUGAAUGGUGGUGAAUCUCCUAAACAAAAAGGUCAAGAAAUCAAAAGGCCCUCUGGUGAUGUUCUUGAGACAUUCAAUUUCUUAGAAAGUGCUGAUGACAGCGAUGAGGAGGAAAGUGACAUGAUUGAGGGCAUCCCGGAAGGAAAAGACAAACUGCGGCUCAACAAGCACAAAAUAGGUAAUGAAGGGUUAGCUGCUGACUUAACUGAUGAUCCCGAUACUGAGGAAGCACUGAAAGAAUUCGACUUCUUAGUGACUGCAGAAGAUGGCGAAGGCGCUGGCGAGGCACGGAGUUCAGGGGAUGGUACAGAAUGGGAUAAAGAUGACCUCUCCCCAACUGCUGAGGUUUGGGAUGUAGACCAGGGGCUAAUAAGUAAACUGAAGGAACAGUACAAGAAGGAACGAAAGGGGAAGAAAGGGGUGAAGAGGGUCAACAGGACAAACCUCUGCGACAUGAUAGCUGAUCUGGGAGAUGAUGAGCUGCCCCACAUCCCUUCAGGAAUCAUUAAUCAGUCUAGGUCAGCUUCUUCUAGAAUGACUGAUCAUGAAGGUGCAAGAGCAGAGGAAGCUGAACCAAUAACGUUUCCAUCUGGAGGAGGCAAGUCAUUUAUUAUGGGUUCUGAUGAUGUUUUGUUAAGUGUACUGGGCCUUGGAGACCUUGCAGACUUGACGGUAACAAAUGAUGCAGACUAUAGUUAUGAUUUGCCUGCCAAUAAAGAUGCCUUUCGAAAGACUUGGAACCCCAAGUAUACACUGCGUAGUCAUUUUGAUGGAGUGAGAGCAUUAGCUUUUCAUCCUGUAGAACCUGUGCUGGUUACUGCUUCUGAGGACCACACCCUCAAACUUUGGAACUUGCAAAAAACGGUUCCUGCCAAAAAGAGUGCCUCUUUAGAUGUAGAGCCCAUCUACACAUUCAGGGCCCACAUUGGCCCUGUUCUAUCAUUAGCUAUCAGCUCUAAUGGAGAGCAGUGUUUUAGUGGUGGUACUGACGCAACAAUUCAGUGGUGGAACAUGCCUAGUCCAAACGUGGAUCCCUAUGACACAUACGAGUCAAAUGUUCUAGCUGGCACUUUAGUUGCUCAUACAGAUGCAGUUUGGGGUCUGGCCUAUAGUGGCAUAAAAAAUCAAUUACUGUCUUGUUCAGCAGAUGGCACUAUUAGGUUAUGGAAUCCACAAGAAAAAUUGCCAUGUAUCUGCACUUACAAUGGAGACAAGGGACAUGGAGUACCUACAUCAGUUGACUUUAUAGGCUGUGACCCAGCUCACAUGGUCACCUCUUUCAGCACUGGUAGUGCAGUAAUUUAUGAUUUAGAAACAUCACAGUCAUUAGUGAUGCUUUCCUCACAGGUAGAUUCUGGUUUACAAUCUAGUAAUCACAUUAACAGAGUAGUAAGUCAUCCCACGCUUCCUGUUACAGUAACUGCUCAUGAAGACAGACACAUCAAGUUUUUUGACAAUAAAACGGGUAAAAUGAUCCAUUCUAUGGUAGCUCAUUUGGAUGCUGUUACAAGUUUAGCAGUAGAUCCCAAUGGAAUCUAUUUGAUGUCUGGAAGUCAUGACUGUUCCAUUAGAUUAUGGAAUUUGGACAGUAAGACAUGUGUACAAGAAAUAACAGCUCAUAGGAAGAAGUUGGAUGAGUCAAUUUAUGAUGUUGCUUUCCAUCCAUCAAAGGCGUAUAUCGCCAGUGCAGGAGCUGAUGCUCUUGCCAAAGUAUUUGUGUGAACCAACAUAGACUGGCAUCAUGAAAAAAAGAUUUACUUGGUCAGAAAGGGGGUCUGCUGCAUCACUGCCAUCAAGAAGGUUACUGAAAUGACACUACAUGGGAUCUGCCUGGUGAAAGCAGGCAUAAGUUGGGAAUCACAUCUUAAUGUCAGGCUGACUAGUUUAACUGUAUUUUGUGGGACAGAAAGGAAAAGGACUCCAGUAUCUACCCUUUUACUGGAUAUGAACUGAGCGGUUUUUUGUUUUUGUUUUUUAAAGGUGUUUAAGCCAAUGUGGAGUCUGACCUUACAAAAAAAAAAAAGACUUUUUUGUUGGACUCUGUGUGCUGCCUUAGGGUUAGGAAUGUGGUGCUCUUGUGGGGAAGCAAGCUCCAAGAGUAGCUUUUUCAUCUCUUCGUGAUCUUACGUUUAUCAGUUGUAUGCCACA